AUGUCCAGCAGCGCACUCACCUCUGUGCGUCCAGGCGCAGGCGCAGGCGCAGACGCACAGGAAGACGCACGCCCCAUGCCCGCUGCCAGCUCUCUUGCUGAGCGCGAGGCUGAGCGAGCCGAUGCACCACCAGCCUCAGCCACGGCCCAUCUAACACCCCUCGAAUCAGCGCUGCAUCACCAGCUCUUUACUCGUCCACAACACCUCUCUUCUCGCGCCCAAUACCUCUCCUUCUGGUCCGCUCAAACCCAAACCUCCCCACAGCACAUCCCCACAUCGCCAAGCAGAUCAAAUCCCAACACAAACACAAACACAAACACCUCCUCUACGCCCAAAAGGCGAAGAGAGACGAGGGAAAAGUUUGGCAGGGAUAUUGUGGAUGAGGAGUUUUUGAGAGGGGCGAUCGAGGAACGUGUACGAAGGGUCGAAAGACUUGGACGCGUCUUGAAUGUCAGGAGGGACGUGUUGAAUGGGUGAGUGUGGGCUGUGUGGGGGGGCGCGGGCGUGCGGUGUGGUGUUGGGGGCAAAUGAGUGGCAAGGGAGAAGCUCAAGUGGCUCGAUCAAUGCCAAUCGACUUGCACGCUGAUGCUGACCGCCGCUCUCUCUCUCUCCCGCCCUUCUCUCCCUUCUCUCCCUUCUCUCCCCGUCCCGCACGCGCGCCCACCGCGCCAAGCUUAAACGAUGCGACGAUCCUGAGCAACGCGCUGGCGCAGAACAGCCAAGGAUCGCACGCUACAGACAACAGCGUGAUAGAUCCCAGCACCAACGCAUCGCUUUCGUUCACGUGAGUGCAAAGUGAGCGACAUUCCAAAUGCCUCCCCCCACAUCCCCUUUUGCUGACCUAACGCUUCCACCGCCCUUUCCUCCUCUUUCGCCCCCCCCUCCUCUUCACUCUCUCUUCCAUCGCGAUCGGUGCGCUUGACAAGACCCAAUUCGCACACUUCCAUGAGGGGAUUGUUGCAAGCGAGGGAUGCGAGAGCUUUGGAGUAUUUGCGCUCUUUGCGUGAUCUCAAAGAGGCGCAAGAUGAACGAGCAUCGCUUCGUCGAGAUAUAGCCGGUGCGUCGUCACAAUUCCAUCGACGCACACGCGGCGCAUGCAAAGGCGGCGCUCGUCACCUCGCUCGAGAAAAAAGUCUCCACGUCUCAAGUGCUCACAUCGUACCUACACCUCCCGUGCUCCCGCGCCAGUCAUUCGAUCACAAACAUCCACGCAACUGACGGACAUUUUGAGCAAUCCGGUAUCGGGCAGAAGAGCAGCUCGCAACGUGGCGGGAGAAGAGGGAGCGCGUAUUCGAAGGAUGGAAAAAGCUUUGCAGGAUGUGCUCAGCAAGCGAGAGAUGGUGCGGGGCGUUUUGCGCGUGAGUUUUUUUUUGGUUUUAUUGCUGUUGUGGCAAAAGGAGGGCGCGUGGACGAGAAGGCGGCGAAAAGAAAGAAAUCAAGAAAGAGCGCAUGCUGCAUGCUGCAUUGCUGCAUUGCUUGAUGCGGAUGGGGCCAGGCGUGCAAGAGAGAAAGCUGACGUCAGCUUCCUCCUUUCUCUGCUCGCUCCUGCCUUUACCCCGCCCGCACCGCACACAGGGACUCGUCUUGGAAUCCUCCAUCGAGUGGGGGUCGCAUGAACAGCUGAGCAAAAUCAUGCUCGGCAUGGGCGACGAGGGCGAGAGUUCGGGCGAAGAGGGGGAAGAGCAAGAUGUUGAUGAUGCGCUGGAUGAUCGAGGCGAGGAUGAGGAAUGA